AUGGCAGGGACUUAUCUGGGUUUUCCUGAUGGCCGCAGGGAACAAGACGCAGCAAACGGGCUCAGUUCGCUGCUGGCUCACUUGUCCAUUUACCUCGAAUGCCUUGACAGCCACCCUGUGCCAGGGCCUGGGCGUACCACUGGGGAUGCCCUCCAGAGUGCAUGGCCCAUCCCCAAAGACUCACUCCCUUCUCCUUGGCCAACAGGAGAGGCUUCCACAGCCAGGACCUGCCCCCAGGAGCCUCUCAGGGGGAUGCCUGGCCGAGCGCUGCGGCUGGGGGCGCUGCGGCUGCUGCUCUUCAAGCUGCUGCUGUUUGACCUGCUCCUGACCUGCAGCCGCCUACGCCGCCCCACGGGCCCGCCGCCUUCCCCCACAGCUGCCACCCGCCUGCGAGCCCUUGGCUUCCACCGACUCCACCUGGCCACGGAGACAGGGGGACGAGAAGCCACCAGCUCACCCAGGCCCUUACCUUGGGACCGCCGCUGGGGUGACACCCCUCCGGGCUGGGAACCCGGGAACCCAAUCUGGGAGGAGGGGUCUUACCCCACCAGUUACCCCACCUGCCCAGCACGGGCCUGGUGCUCAUGAUCUGCCCUCAGGACUCCUUCCUCGGGUCUUGGAGCAUUUUUUGCAUCUGACGAGCCUCCUCUGUAGGCUGGAGCUAGGGGCAGGGGUCUGCCACCCCUUCAAACUGUGUGAAGCUGUGUCUCUCCCAUUGGACAGGGGGCCCCUCCAGAGUGGUGAUCCACCCAGUUACAGGGGCUUUUGGGGUGUGGAUGAUUGAGAACAUUAAAGAAGAACUUAAAUGACACAGCAGAUGAAAAAUGUUUGAAUUCAUGUCUAUGCUGGAGGAGGGAAUUUGGCAGGGUUAGAGGUAGGAGAAAUCCAGGAAAGCUCCCAAGGAAGAGGGCUUCCUGAGACAGAACUUGGGAACUGCAAAGUGGGGCUGGCAGUUGGGAAGGCAGCUGUCCCCUCAACUAUCUCCACCCUCCACAGCC